AUGAACCCAGAUGGCAGCCAGGAACACUGUUCUGGUCAUUUCGAGAUCCGUUCCGUCUUUUCAACAGCGAAAAACAAUUUGUCAUUGUUAAUGUUAAAUGAACCCAGAUGGCAGCCAGGAACACUGUUCUGGUCAUUUCGAGAUCCGUUCCGUCUUUUCAACAGCGAAAAACAAUUUGUCAUUGUUAAGAAUAUACUGUCGCAAGCAUUUGAAAAAUGGUCAAAAUCAUCGGCUGGCGCCCUAGCAUUCGAAGAUCGCUCUCCGGCACGCCGGGAUGCUCGCAAAAGUAUUGCGCAUCUCGAUAUCUUGUUUGCAAAAUAUGCACAUGGUGAUAAGGAAUCGUUUGAUGGACUGGGCGGCAUAGUGGCUCAUUCUGGAUACCCCAAAGAAGGCAUCAUACAUUUCGAUGGGUCCGAGUUUUGGUCAGUGAACGGACGUCGCGGACUCGACCUUCGAUAUGUAGCACUUCACGAAAUCGGGCACGCGCUGGGCCUCAGACAUUCAAGGGAUCCGAGAGCUGUCAUGAAUCCCUACUACCGGUUCAUACAUUGA